UUCCAAGAGUUUUAAUAUCGCCGCACAUGGUCAAAAAUCAAACCUAACCUCUUUCUUUUUGACUUCAUCGCAACAGCGUACCUAACCUCAAUUUGUUUACUUACUUUGGAAACCAUGUCAACAGCGGUUUCUAAAAAGAGGAAAUUUGUUGCAGAUGGGGUAUUUAAGGCUGAACUGAAUGAGUUUUUAACUCGUGAGUUAGCUGAAGAUGGCUACUCUGGUGUGGAGGUGCGAGUCACUCCAACCAAGACGGAGAUCAUCAUCAUGGCCACCCGGACACAGAAUGUGCUUGGAGAGAAGGGCCGACGCAUCAGGGAGCUGACUUCAGUUGUGCAGAAGAGAUUCGGCUUUCCUCCUGAUUCUGUCGAACUCUACGCUGAGAAGGUGGCCACCAGAGGUCUCUGUGCAAUCGCUCAGGCUGAGUCACUCCGAUACAAGCUGAUAGGAGGACUGGCUGUUAGGAGGGCGUGUUACGGAGUACUGCGCUUCAUCAUGGAGAGUCACGCCAAGGGAUGUGAAGUUGUGGUGUCUGGCAAGCUGAGAGGUCAGAGAGCCAAGUCCAUGAAGUUUGUGGAUGGCCUGAUGAUCCACAGUGGAGAGCCUUGUAGGGACUACGUCGACACUGCUACUAGACACGUCUUGCUUCGACAAGGUGUGCUUGGCAUCAAAGUGAAGAUCAUGUUACCGUUUGAUCCUGAUGGCAAGAUUGGUCCCAAACGACCACUCCCUGACAACAUCUUUGUUGUUGAACCCAAAGAGGAGAACCUACCCACCAUUCCCACCAGUGACCACAAAGCCGCUGCAAAACCUGACUCCAUGCCUAUCCCAAUCAUGGCGUGAACAAAUAAAUUUUAUUUUUAUUUAA